UGCUGCUACUGCUGCUGCUAGUGCGAGGCUGUGUGUGCGAGUGGCGGGGAGUGUAUGAAAAAUAAGAGCCUGAGUCACCGCAGAUGCUUGCCUUUCCCUCGGAGAUGCCCUUCAGCGUUGCAUUCUUAUUUUUCUUUCCAAACGCAGUUUUUAUUUCCUCCUAAGAGAUCCGGGCGUGGGUGUGCUUUGAAAUCGGGGGCGCGUAAAAGUGGAGAUGAACCCGGGAAAUUGCCGGAACAAGAAGAGGAAGAAGAAGAAGAGGCGGAGGAGGAGGAGGAAUCCCAGGUUUUGCACGGAACAGGCCAUUGCAAGUGGUUUAAUGUGAGAAUGGGAUUCGGAUUUAUUUCCAUGCUCAACCGCGAGGGAAGCCCUUUGGAAUCUCCGGUUGAUGUCUUUGUACACCAAAGCAAGCUUUACAUGGAAGGAUUUAGAAGCCUAAAAGAAGGAGAACCAGUGGAAUUUACUUUUAAGAAAUCUUCCAAAGGCCUUGAAUCAAUACGGGUAACAGGUCCAGGUGGGAGUCCCUGUUUAGGAAGUGAGAGACGACCCAAAGGAAAAACAGUACAGAAAAGAAAGCCAAAGGGAGAUAGAUGCUACAAUUGUGGUGGCUUUGAUCAUCAUGCUAAGGAAUGUAUUCUACCUCCACAGCCAAAGAAGUGCCAUUACUGUCAGAGCAUCAUGCACAUGGUGGCAAACUGUCCGCUUAAAACUGUUCCACAGCAGCCCACGAGUUACCUGGGAAGAUACGAAGCUGAUACCCAGCCCUCCACAUCAGCCUUCUUGAGGGAAGGAGGAGGAGGAGGAGCCUAUGGCUUCACUUCUCCAUCCUAUUCUCUGGAAGGAAGGCCAGAUAGCUUACCGCCUUCAGGAAAGUCACCUCAAGAAGCUGCUUCAAGUAAGUUUUCUCCGUCACCUGAAGAGCAAAGCCGGAAGGGACCGUCAGUUCAAAAAAGAAAAAAGACUUAAAAAGCUUUGUCACCGCCUUUCAUUACCUCUUGGGACGUCUACCUCAUUCAAGCACAAGGAGAAUUAAUCUCAUGUAUUAUCCUGCAACAAACCUCAACUUUUAACUACUGUUGUGGACCAGAGGUCUUUUGAAAACAAAAAACCAAAGCAAACCAGUCACUCCAAGUAAAUUUCAGAUGGGUUUAAUGGCUAAUGGGUUUCUAAACAGUUUGGGCAUCAGGAUCUCAUAUGAUUUUUAAACUUAGCCUAAAUUAUUGUUGGGCAUAUAUUCUUUGCUUCUUCCCCACUUUUCCAGAGCAGCCCUAUAGAAUUAUGGAAGAUUAUGCUUCUUUAGCUGCUUGAGUUCUCUGUGGUUUAUCUUAACCCAUGUCUUGUUUGGGGGAAAAAUAGUUAUAGUAUUCAUUAAUUCUAAACAGCAAUUAAUAAGAAAUGGAAGUGUUUUUUUUUUCUUCUUCAUAGCCAUCCAAGAGCUGGGAAGCAGAACCCACUGUGCACAGAAACCCAUUCCUGUCACAAUAAACCAUCUGACAUUUUGAUGUACAGACUAGCCCAUUGCCUGAAUGUAUACCUUAAAUACUAUGUUUCUUGAAUUCAUGGGAAAGUAAUAGUUUGAGUUUUGAAUGGAUUUUUUUCUUUAAUGUUGCCUUUUUUAAUUAUAAAAGAGGAAGAAGGGGAGGGAAAGAAUUGUAACCAUACUUUCCUGAGUAUAGAGUCAUCAUGCCCACGGUACUGAAUAGAUCAAUACAUCCUUGUAGAAUUCAGGGAAAUUGUAAUUCCUCUCUGUGGAAAAGAUGGAGGAUGGAAGUUUUUAGUCCUUAGCUUGAAAGGGUAAUGCCUUGGUUUAAAGAUGCCUCAGAAUUGCCACAAAGUUUUAAAGAAUUAAAGGCAGCAUCCCCCCUUUUCCCUGCCCUCCCCUUAGACAAUGAAUGUGUUAUCUGAAAUACUGUAUCAACUCACUAUGACUUUAAUAUAGGUUAGGUGAUUCUAUGGGAGAAUGUAGAUGUUAAAAUAAUGGUUUAAAGUGAUAUUGAAAUGCCAUUUGGACUCCCCUUUUGCAAAACUUGAUUGGACUCAUCUUGUGCAAAUCUUGAGUAUUAUGAAAGCGAUGGUGAUGGCAGCAGUAGCAUCUUCCAAUUCAGUGUUCAUGUCACUGGACAGAUUUCUAUAGGUCUUUCUAAGAAAUGGGUCUUGGCCUUUUAACUUCCCAAAGAUCAAUAUUUGAUAUUUACAGUGCAAUCCUGUGUAAGAUCUCACUGGCCUCGAGCUCAGGAAAAAUUAGUAUAUAGGAUUGCAGUCUUAAAUUUAUUUAAUUGCUAUAUUACAUAACAGUAAUUUCAGUCUGUGUACAUGCUGAAUUAUUUAAAAGCCUACGGAGUUGUCCAGAUGCUUGGAGUUUGGGGGAUUGAUUUUAUAAAAAGAGAUUAGAAAGCCAGUUAACUGGCAAUACAUUUGUCCUGUCCCGCUCAUAUGUACAUACACUACAAGGGUUUGAAAUCUUUACUGAGGCUUCAUCAUCCCUGAAUAGUAUUCCCCAGGAUUCACCUCACACAGGAAUCAGUGCAAAACCCAAUGAGUCCAAUUCUCAGCUGCUUGUCCGAUCACUUCUCCAACUUUCUUGGCCUCUCCUCCUGCUCUUGCCAAUCCCUUCCUGACUCAUAGUCCCUUAAAUCUUCCAGACUUUCCUCAGAGCCCCAAUCUGAAGUUCGUGAAGCUCUUCCUUGUUGAACUAGCUUCUAAGGCAUCCAUUAUACUAUCCCCCACCAGCAUGGCCUUCCCCCCUAUGAUCUCCAUGGACCAGUUUCCAUGGGUCCCGGAGGAGAAACUAGCAGACCAGAUAGGGGGGUAUGCAUGGCCUCAGCAUCUUCCCAGGAUAUGUCCUUAGGGCCAUACCCCUUCCAGUUGAUCAGGUACUGCAACCAGUUCUGACGCCAUCUAGAGUCUAUGAUAGUCCACCUUGUACUCCGGCUGGCCCUCUCUGACUUUCCUGAAACUGAAUCUUCCUUGUUAUCCAAGGUGGGUUCUGCGCCAUCCAUUACAAUAUUAUUUGAUCAGGAUCAAACUGUUGUCAGGGUUCUAACCCUGCCAUCUUUUUCGUUGGAUCUUCAGGCCUGCCAACUGUCACAAUUUUUCCACUCUCCCAGGAAUGAGCUAAAAUCAGUUUCUUACCCAUUUCACCAAUUUUGGAGCAGCUGCUGCUGUUGAUACCUUCAAAAGACCCAUGAGCCAGAUGUUAAUUAAGUCCUAUGGACCAUUGCUUCUUUCUUUUAAAAUUAAUCUUGAAGAAAUACUUUACCCCAUUUAUUUGGCAAAUUAAUGUAAAAGCAAAUAUGAGUAAAGACGAUCUGAUUUCAAAAUAUAGUUUAGUUUGAACCAUAUCUUCAGAUUUUUCUUCGAUUAAGUCAUGGGUGUCCACCAUUUUGGCUUGCCUGGGCUGCAUUGAGUGAAGAGGAAUUGUCUUUGGUCCCAUAUAAAAUAGAUAGCUUAUAUAGCUUAAUGUAUAUAAAUCACAUAAUAAUGUUAAAAGUUUACAAUUUUGUGGGGCCGCAUUACUUGUUCUCCAGGGAUGCAUGUGGCCCAUGGGCCAUGGAUUGUGCACACCUAGGUUAAGUCAUUGAGAAUCCCAGGGCUUGUUUUUGGUAGGUUCUGCACAAUCUGAGAGGAUUAUUAUCAGAAAAAAUUCCUCUCUAAAUAUUGUUGAUCAUACUGCUGUCACCACUAUCCCACUUUCCUUCAGGAAAAUGACUCAGUGGCCUAAAGGUGGGCCCAACUCUGAUUAUGGAAAUUUGCUUGGAAUCCAUGGCAGUGCUGGAGAGAAAGAAGAAACUUGGUUGUUCAUACUGAAGUUUUCAGUGAAUUUCAGUGCAAAAUGGGGUGUUUUGGUUUUUUGGUUUUUGUUUUGUUUUUGUUUUGACGAUACUGAAUGUGAUGUAUGUAUAGAGAACUACUUCCUUGCCUUAUGCAAGGAUUGUAAACUUAUUUAAGUUAUGUAGACAAAUCGAAGUGGCAUUGCCUAAUCUUUUAGUAGGUAUAAUAACUGGGUUAUAAAACAGCAACAAUGGCAAGGGUAAGGUCACUUUGAAAAUAUAAACCAAAGUUUAUUGACCUUUUUUUAGAGAGUAAUAUGGAAAUGGUGGAUUUGAAAACUGGCCAUUCUCUGUUUAGCUACUUUAAAAUUCCAGAAUUACUUUUUUUUUUUUUUGAAUGAAAUUAAUAAUUCCAGCAGCCACAAACUGAAUUGCUAAGAGAGCCUAGCAGACCUAUCUUAUUAUUAAAAGUUUACAUGUUAUUUUUGUAUAUUGGAGGAUGGUCACUAUUGCAAAAUAUCCUUCUCAGGACAAAGAACCUUGCUCAGGGAAAAUGGUAUGUAAUUAUUAUUUUUCUUUUACAGAUUGCUUGCUUGUUCAGAACAAACAAAAAUGCUUUGAUACUGCUAUGUACCGUGCUAUUAUAUACAUAUUAUGUGCUAAUGAUAAUAACUACCUCUGUUUACUAAUGAGUUUCUUAUGACUCAGAUAUCAACUUUUUGCAUUAUAUUUCCCAUGUACUGAAGUGAACACAGUACAAGCAUGGCUGAUCUUUAGGGUUGUGGGCAGGGCAAUGUCUCCCCGUUCCUGAAUUUCUAAGCCACAUUGUUAAUAUAGGGAAGAAUAUAAUUAUUUCUGUUUACAGCAAACAACUACCUCAUUACUGACCACAGAAGCAAUAUCUGCGUGUUGCUCUGGCCUUAAAUGUGGCUUUUGAUUCUAUGGUACAUACCUCUACUUUAAAAGAAAAAAAAAUGCUUGUGCAACAUACACAUAUUACAAUGAUAUUUAGUUUUGAAAACGAUGCAUCUUGUUUGAAAUGAUAUGAGAGUCUCUCUUGAAAUUUUAACUUUUUCUACCUGGUUGACAGAGAGAGAGGUGCUGUUGAUGUACCAGGAGGAUUUCCCCACCCCACCCCCCUCUUAAGAAAGAACCAACAUGUGGGAAUUAACUAAUUAUCUCAUUAUUCCUGGAUGGCAAGAGAAUUGUUAGUUUUUUUCCUUGCUCUGUUUAUAAGAUAUAAUUAUCUGAUGAAAGUAAAUAAUAAGCAGUUAUAACAACCAGCAGUUAUAUAACAACCUAGCAGACUGCUAGUGAGAGCGAUACUAUAUUUAUCCCAUUUCAGUAUGUUUGCCAAUUUGUAAGGAACAUAGAACAACCAUAUUGUUCCAAAAUAAUACACUCCUGGGUUUCAUUGCUUUGAUAAUGGGCAGACUCCAGCAAGACUUGGCUGCCCAGCCCUGGGUUUUUGUCUGGCCUAAAUAAUCCCGUGGCCCAAAUCAGGCAAUCUCAGAGCAGAAAAAGCUUUGGAUUUCAGCACGUCUCCCUCAUUCUCCUCCUCGCCCCUGUCUGCAGACCCACACACGAGGGAAGGUGAGUGUGAUUUGUUAAAUCAUGCUUCCCAUUGACAUCCGAACCAGGUUAGCUUGUAAAACGAGAUCCAUUUCCAACUGGUGAACAGCAAUUAGACUGCAGUCUGGUAUGAUGUCCGAAUAAGGAGACUGAUUUAAUAAAUCACAGUCGCAGUUCCAUUGACUGCAAGAAUGGCCUGAUGCUCCAACUGCAACCAUUCCUGGCCACCCUGAAUGUGAUGCGAAUAGGGAAGCAUGAUCUGUGCACAGAGGUCUCCCAGCAAGGUAGAGACAGCUGGGCAAUGAGAUAGCCCAAGGGGAGUGCCUGGAGAAACCUCUCUUCCCACCUCUUUGCCCUCGGAGUCGUGGUGAUGGUUACAGCCAAAGGCCAAAACCCCCAAGAUGCUGGGAGCACAACCCUACUUUCUCCCCUCAGAUGUAACUGCACAAGGUCAGUUUUACCAAGCUUUGGUUUAAGGACCUGCAAGCUUUAAGGCAUUUGCUUUGCUCUUUAACUUGCCCACACUCAAAGCACAAGUGCAAAAUCCUAAGUAUUUUGCCCCACCCACUUUGAGCAUCACUAAACAAAUGCUAACGGCAUGUGUGCAAAUCCAGUUUGCACUUUUUAACCCCCAGCAUAAAUAACAUAAUAGCUAAGUAGACCAACACUUAACUCUGUGAAAGGUUACUAAGUGGAUAAGAAAAAAAUAAAAUAAAAAUACAUGAGCACAAUUCAUGCUUGAAUGAUAGAUGCCAAUACCUUUAAAGCUUUUAAGAUUUACAAUUUUACUGCAAAAUUAAAAUACUUUAUUUUAAAUUGCCUCAUUUAGGAAUCACUGUUGCUUUCAACAGCAUCCUGAACUCUUGUUGGCACUGAGCUUUAUGAAACCUUUUUUGAACUUUCUAAUGUGACUAAGCCAAAACUUGAAACAGCAAGUCUGUCAUAUGAAUUGCAAUGGGACUUCACUUGCACAAAUGUUUUCUUUGUCUCCUUGCCCUAGAAUUGAGGCCCUUGUGCUCCAGAACUGGUCUCAUAUAGUGAAAACAGUAGGAGCUGUGCACACUUGACUAGCAACUUUAAAAAAAAAAUCUCAGAGGGAAAAGAUAAGAGGACAAUUACUUAGGUGUUAUUUGAUUGUACAAUUAGCUCUGUAAGGAUGUGAUUCUUUUGCUAAAUACAGGCUACUCAGUUAAAAAGAUCUUAAUUUGUCUUAGUACUACCCCAAAGUUACUUCCUUUGUGUAAUUUUGUGGAUAGAGACCCAUAAAAGUGUUAUAGAUCUGGUGACUUUUGUAUGAAAAAAUAUAAAGGGGAAAGAUCGCAUUAAGUCUUAAACUAAUUUAAAUUAAUUUAUCUGUGAGAAAUGUUUAUCAAAAAGAAUAUAUGUGUGUUUUUCCUCCCCUUUAGUUAUGAUGGAAAUGAAUGUCAUUGGGAAAAUGUGUGCGGAUGCGCAGGAUUUAAUUUUGCUAGAUGUCUUUAAUGAGAUUUUAUGACUUUGUCUAUGGUCACCUUUAAAGACUUGUUAAAUGUAUCUUGUUCUGUUUUAUAUCAUUGGCCUUUUAAAGAUAGGCUAGUAGUGUUAUUCUGCCAUCAUGAUUGGUUGGCGACAAGAUGCUGACAAAGGCUUCAACAAUUUUUCACAAUGCCCUACAUCAGGCCAAAGAAGUUGAAAAUAAGCAAUGUUGUGAAUAUAAAUUCAGUCCUCUGAUGCAGAUGGAUCAGACCCCUGACUCUGCCACCCCUGUACUGUGGUUGAGCAAAUUCGGGGUUUUAAGCUCCAUUUUCAGCAUCAAUAGUUCCUGACUAAAUAUUUGUAUCUCGGGAAGGAAGCAUCAAGCUUCUUUCCCAAGCACACAGCUUGCUCACGUGAAGAUCCAAUGCAAUGUCCGUCACAAGAAAAUGAGAAUGAAAUUGAAUAUAAGAAGUUAGGACAUUUGCUCUAAACUAUUGCUAACUUACCGUGACAAACUAAGAAAAACCAUUACAAUAGCGACUACCUCUUUCAGUUUCCUACUUCUUAACAGUAUGGCUGACAAGUAUUAACAGAUUGACUUGAAUUUGUAUAUUACUCUAGUGAAUGAAUUAAAUAAUCAGAGACCAAAGUGAACACAAUAUCUGUGUGUCUUGAAUAUUGACUUUUUAUCUAACAUUUUUAAACCUGUCCUCCAUAGAAUAUAGAUUACCUCAUGGUCCAUUUUUAAUUCAUUAUGGUGUUUACAUAUAAUAAAAACAAGUCACUUGAAUUUUGGGGUCUUUUAAAAGAGAAGACAGUGAUGAGCGGGUUGGGAAAGAUCAUGUUUCCACCUGUUUACUGUCUCUGUCUUGUUGGAACAAAGCACUGAUUGUCUUUCUAUAUAUCCUGUAUUUUAUACCUUCAUUUAAUGUCUAUUGCUGAAUGUUUAUUUCUAUCAAUCAUCCAUUUGUGACUGAGGUUUAAAAGGAUUAUGUGAUGAAAAAUAAAACAUUGGCAUUUA